GCGGAGUGGAGCAGCCUGCCGACCACUUGCCUUAGUUUGUUGUCGAUCUGCCAUCGUCGUCGCCUACGUUACUGAAAUGGGGAAGUCGUAUCCUACUGUGAGCGAGGAGUACCUGAAGACUGUAGAAAAGGCGAAGAGGAAGCUCCGCGGCCUCAUCGCCGAGAAGAACUGCGCUCCGCUGAUGCUCCGCCUUGCGUGGCACUCGGCAGGGACGUAUGACGUCGUGUCGAAGACCGGAGGGCCGUUUGGGACUAUGCGAUUCAAGGAGGAGCUUUCGCAUGGCGCCAACAACGGCCUUGACAUCGCUGUGAGGCUCUUGGAACCAAUCAAAGAGCAGUUUCCCAUCUUGACCUACGCUGACCUCUACCAGCUUGCUGGAGUUGUUGCUGUUGAAGUUACUGGAGGACCCGAGAUCCCUUUCCAUCCUGGAAGGGAGGACAAGGCAGAGCCACCAGUAGAAGGUCGUCUUCCUGAUGCUACAAAGGGUUCUGAUCAUCUCCGGGAUGUCUUUGGGCAUAUGGGUCUCAGUGAUCAGGAUAUUGUUGCUCUCUCUGGUGGUCACACGCUGGGAAGAUGCCACAAGGAGCGAUCUGGUUUUGAAGGUGCUUGGACAUCAAACCCUCUUAUUUUUGACAACUCUUACUUCAAGGAACUUCUGAGUGGUGAGAAAGAAGGCCUUAUCCAGCUACCCUCUGACAAGACCCUUCUAACUGAUCCUGUGUUCCGGCCUCUUGUGGAAAAAUAUGCUGCUGAUGAGGAUGCUUUCUUUGCUGAUUACGCUGAAGCACACCUGAAGCUGUCAGAGCUAGGAUUUGCAGAGGCUUGAAGGGAUGAACCUGUCGGAUCUAGCAAGUCAUCUUAUUGAUAUAUAUCCCCCUGGUAGUAUCUCCACGAGUUUGUCAGAAAUAAGAUUCUAUGGUUGUUUCAUUUGCAAGUCAGCAUUUGGUUAAUCAGUCGUCCAUUUUGUUAAAAACUUAAAAUGUACUAAGUCGUCUGUGUAUGCAACUUCUAAUGAUGUUGGUUAUCAUUCGUCUGGAA